AUGGCUCCAAAGGCAAGACAAGACUUGGUUAUUCCCUACGUUCACGUACCUGCAAAAUCCAGAAAAGACGCAGGAAAUGUUCUUUCGCAAUCAUUACCAAUGGCCGCUAUGUUUAUGAGAAAUAAGAUGUUAUCAUGGGCAUCGGUAUUCUUGUCAAUUCAAUCAUACUUGAAUGAACCAAUCAAUAAACCAGCAGAAGAAGACCAGGGUCAACAGUCGCCAGCUUUGAGGAUCGCGUUUGCCGUUAUUGCGUUGAUUACUUGUUACAUGGAUAUUGUUUUCCCUAGUACUAAUCCAACAGUAAAGAGGGCAGCCAAGAUUGUGUCUGAGACUGCAACUGCCGUGACUACUGCUACUGCAGCAGCUGCUGCCAAGGCGUAA